CACAGGGAGUUUGGGAUGGGUUCCACGGGAUCCCAGAGCCUCCCUCAGCUCCUCCUGGGAACAUCCCUCCUUUCUCCUCACCUGUUUCUUUGGUGUUUCCAGGCAGAUUUUUUGAAGGGGUUACCAGUGUACAACAAAAGCAACUUCAGCAGGUUCCAUGCGGAUUCCGUGUGUAAAGCAUCCAACAGACGCCCAUCAGUUUAUCUGCCCACGAGAGAAUUUCCCUCUGAACAAAUCAUAGUAACAGAAAAGACAAAUAUCCUCUUGCGUUAUUUACACCAGCAGUGGGACAAAAAGGUACCUUUUUGAGGCUUUAAUAUUCAUGUUUUGGCUUGAUUGGGGCUUAAUUGGGCU